GGGAAAUUCUGCAGGGCACAUGUAUAAAGAAUGGAAGGAUUCGCGGUGACCGUCCCCUUUUGUCAAUCCGUAAACCUCUGUCAAUUCCUGUUCACCUUGAUUCAAGAUGUCUAGCAACGUUAGUAGCACAGCGAACUACGUUGUUCCUUUGCUCCUCAACGGCAAAGAAGUAACAACUUCUUCAACCUUUGACGUGACAUCUCCAAGUACAGGACAAAAACUUUGGCCCUGCUCAUCUGCCUCCAAAGAAGAUGCCUUGGCUGCCAUUCAAGCUGCAGAAAAGGCCCUCCCAGCUUGGGCCAAAACAAAGCCAGCUCAACGCAGGGACAUCAUACUGAAGGCAGCUGAUCUUCUCGCAGUGAGGAAGGAUGAGAGCUUAAAAUACAUGUGCGAGGAGACAGGCGCAGAUGAGACCUUCUUUGAGGUGAUAUUCGACAUGACCUUGGAGAUGCUUAAAGACGUAGCCGGCCGCAUUGCUGUGGCUCUUCAAGGAGAGAUCCCGAUAUGUCGACAGGAAGGAACAAGUGCGCUGCUCCUCAAGGAGCCAUACGGUGUCAACUUUAGUAUUGCUCCGUGGAAUGCGCCAUACGUGCUGGGUAUGCGUGCUAUCAUAUAUCCCGUCGCUGCGGGGAACACCGUGGUGUUCAAGGGAUCAGAACUCUCACCACGCUGCUUCUGGGUAUUGGGACGAGUGCUGACUGAUGCUGGGCUGCCGGACGGAGUACUCAACACGAUUUACCAUCGACCGCAGGAUGCUGCGGAGAUCACGCAGACAAUCAUCGAGCAUCGUGCAGUACAGAAGAUAAACUUCACUGGUAGCACUGCUAUAGGAAGUAUUAUCGCUGGUCUGGCUGGUAGGAACCUAAAGCCAGUGGUUAUGGAACUCGGAGGCAAGGCUAGCGCAAUUGUGCUUGACGACGCAAACUUGGAGACCGCGGCUAGGGAGUGUGCUUUGGGUGCAUUCUUGCAUACCGGUCAAAUAUGCAUGUCUACGGAGCGGAUUCUUGUCCAGAAGACAAUUUUGCCCGCAUUUCGCGAUGCGCUGCGGCAGGCUAUCAGUACCAUUUUCCCAGCUUCAAAGCCAGGUGUGACAGUUACGGCUGCCGCCGUGGAGAAGAAUAAGCGUUUGAUCAACGAUGCCGUCUCGAAGGGUGCAAAGGUGAUCCACGGUGACCCAAGCAUUGAGGAAUCUACAAAGACGAGGAUGGCGCCGAUCGUGGUCGAAGGUGUUUCGAAAGAAAUGGACUUGUACUACACGGAGAGCUUCGGGCCAAGCGUUAGCUUGAUUCCGUUCGAGACAGAGGAGGAUGCUAUCGAAGCAGCUAACGAUACCGAGUAUGGAUUGAGCGGUGCAGUGUUCACAGAGAAUCUCGCGAGAGGGCUAAGAGUGGCCAAGCAGAUUGAAUCGGGUGCCAUUCACAUCAAUUCGAUGAGCGUUCACGACGAAGCAUCGCUCCCACAUGGCGGAGCUAAGAAGUCUGGCUUUGGGCGAUUCAACGCGACAUGGGGACUGGCUGAGUUCUUGAGGACGAAGACAAUCACAUUCCAAGAGUGACCGCGUCUCUGAACCAAGAGCAGCCGUUCGUUAGCUCUACAGUGUGCUGGUAGGACUGUGCUCGAGGCUGGGAAGAAAGGAUUCAUAGUUAGCAAAGUCUCGAGAAUGAGACGGACAUGCGAACGAUGUUGAACAGGCAAGCCUGGUGACUGCUGUACACUACUUACGAUUCACGGACACUCCGAGCUUAUCUGCGUCGAUGAGCGAGGUGGCGUUCAUUUAACCAAUUGAUUUCCGCAGUCGACAG